CUUCUCUCCUCGCUUACGUUAGUCGUGUGUGCCUUUACGCACACCCACUCGCCCAAUCGCCACAGACUGCGCGGAGUCCCGUGCAGUCACACAGCACGACCCUAAGAUAGGGAUAUUCCAUUCGUCUGCUGGGAUUUAUUCGAGUUAUAUAUUUAUUAAUAUUACAUAACAGGCGCUGGCAUGACAUGCACUUCCGUCAUUCGACAGAACGGGUAAUAUUUUACGGAAGUACUGUGCUCACAUUCUCUUGAAAGGACGUCCAGGCAGCCAGUUCACCACCCAGUUGUAACCACUUCAGCCGCUACAGACGUGAGGCCCCACGACAGUACUGAGAGUAGCCCUCACAACGGUUCUGACGGGCACCCCCCGGCAGUAGCCACAAGGCAGUAGCCCCGCGGCGAUGGAAGAACCGAGCGUGUCCCCCACCCCCGAGCCCCGGCUGCAGUCCCCCCGCAGUGGCUCCUUCUCCUUCCCCUUCCCGAGGGAGGGCAGCCACGUGUGGGAGAAGGGCCCCCACCACCUGCUCGGCGAUCUGCCCAGCCCCCUACCCACCAAGCGCACACGCACCUACUCUGCCACAGCCAGGGCCAUUUCAGGACCUGUUUUCAAGGGCGUCUGCAAAAACUUCUGUAGGUCGCAGGGUCAUGGCUUCAUCCGGCCGUCCAAUGGCGGAGAGGACAUCUUCGUCCACAUCUCCGACAUUGAGGGGGAGUAUGUGCCUGUGGAAGGGGAUGAGGUCACCUACAAGGUUUGCCCCAUACCUCCCAAGAACCUGAAGAUGCAGGCUGUGGAGGUGAUCAUCACUCAUCUGAACCCAGGGACGAAGCAUGAGACCUGGUCUGGAGAGAUAAUGCGCUCCUAGGCCUCGACUCUGGCCUACGACUGCGGUACGCGGGAGAAUGGCGGGAAGUAGAAUAGACUGCAUGCACCUGUGUGUGUGUGGAUGUGUGAGUGUGUGUGAGCGCGUGUGUGGCGCGGAGUUAAGAACGGAUAAAAGUAGAGAAGUGAAAACUGGUAUAUAGAUGAUGAAGUAUCACUGGAAGUUUAAUGAGAAGGAUGGAUGGUGAGUUUAUGAAGGAGAAGAGAAGAAAGAGAGGUACAGGAGAGGGUGCAGAAAGUUCUAAAGUAGGUGAAAAAGAGAGGGAGACAAAGCGCACAGGAGGGUCAUGGAUGCUAGCUUUGAUUCUAAAAAAUUUUAUCAGUACCUGUCUUUUUAUUUUGGCCUUUAUUUAUUUGGUUAUUUUCAAUCUCAAGUAUUGAUUUAGCAUUUUGUUUGAGUUUAUGCUUUGGUGCUUUUAUACUGUUGGAUCUGGGUGUUGUAGUCAACUGACUAAAAGAAGCCUUUGGAGUUCCAGUAUAAGUACUGCCAAAUUCACUACAACUACCAUAGAUCAAGUUUCAGGUUAUUCAGAGCAGACAAUAUAGCAUUUCAGUCUAUUGUAAAUUACUGGUGUUUAAUAGGGUAUAGAAUAUUAUUUAAAUUCUUAGCCCCUUUUAUAUUGUGAAAGAAACAUUUUGUUUCAAUCACAAAUUUUAAAAAAUUGCAUUUGAAAUAUUUUUUUAUUAAACCAAUACUCAGAUCACUUAAAAUACAAUAUCAUUGCUGCACCACGUUUUCACAUCAUUUACCAUAUCAGAACAUUUUCUAUGCAUUUUUUCUAACUUUAAUUCAUUUUUGUAAUUAUUUUAAGAAAUGUUUUUGACAGUAAAAAAUGCUGUUUUGCUUUAUUAAACAAGCAUUCUGUUCCUUUUUUUAACAAUUGUUUUCUGGUCAAAUCACUGAGUGUUGAAAGGUCAUUAUGACGACAAAUUGGAAUGACAAAUAAAAAGUGAUGAUUCCCAGA